AUGACUAGUCUUUCAGUGUUUAGGGACAUACCCCCAGCCCAGAAGCUGGAAGGCAGCUUACUAAAGACCUACAAGCAAGACAACUAUUCUAGCAAGAUGUUCCUGGCCUACAGAGUCUGCAUGACCGAUGAAGGCCAUCCCUGGGUUUCCCUUGUGGUACACAAGACUCGCCUGCAGAUUGCACAGGACCCCUCUCUGAACUAUGAGUACUUGCCCCUGUUUGGCAUGAAAUCAUUCAUCCAAGCUGCCUUGGAACUCCUCUUUGGAAAGCACAGCCAAGCCAUCGCAGAGAAAAGGGUAGGGGGUGUGCACACUGUUGGUGACAGUGGGGCCUUCCAGCUUGGGGCCCAGUUUCUCAGGACGUGGCGUAAGAAUUUGAAAAACGUCUGUAUCGUCUCGUGCCAAAAGGAACAGUAUGGACUCAUCUUCCAGGACAUGGGUUUUACAGUCUAUGAAUACUCCAUCUGGAACCCCAAGGAGCUGUGCUCAGACCCCAGCUUAUUCUUCGACGUGAUGGAGCACAUCCCAUCUGACAGUAUCCUUGUGAUUGGGAACAUCAUUGACUGCAGGCUCACACAAAAUCAGUGGACAAAGCUGAUGUCCAUCAUUAAGAGCAAGCAUCUCUUCCCGUUCUUUGACAUUCCCUGCCAAGGUCUGUCCACUGGCGACCUGGAAGAAGACACGAGGCUCUUACAGUACUUUGUGUCUCUGGGGUUUGAGUUCUUCUGCAGCCAGUCUCUGUCCAAGAAUUUUGGCAUUUAUGAUGAAGGAGUGGGGAUCCUAGUUGUGGCGGCCCUCAGCAACCAGGAUCUGCUGUGUGUCCUCUCCCAGCUGAUGAACUACGUCAGGGCUCUAUGGGGAAACCCUCCCGCCACCGGCGCCCGGAUAAUCACGUCCAUCCUCUGCAACCCUGCUCUGUUUGGAGAAUGGCAAUACAGUCUGAAAGCUGUCGUGGAGAACAUCAUGUUGAUCAAGGAGAAGGUGAAGGAGAAGCUCCGACUCCUGGGGACGCCUGGCUCCUGGAAUCACAUCACCAAACAGAGUGGGACCCACGGUUAUCUAGGGCUCAACUACCCGCAGGUGGAGUUCUUGACCAAGAAGAAGCACAUCUACAUUCCCAGGAGUAGCCGCAUCAACUUCACCUGCAUCAACGCCAGGAACAUAGACUACGUCACGCAGAGCAUCCACGAGGCAGUGAUGCUCACCGAGGGCUGA